CUCUCUCUCUCAGAGCAGGAAUGUGUUGAACGGAGUCCAGCAGUCAUUCAGUCAGUCAGUCAGCGCCGCCGCACGUUUCUGCACCGCACAGGAGUGAAUAAUUGAUCUUUGCCUCGGUUAAAUAUAUUGAUGAGGAGGAAGUGAUUCGUGAACGGAUUCUGCUCUCACUUUUUUGGAUUUACAUUCUCAGCUCGAUCGCAUUUCUUUUCUCUUUUUCCUCGACUGAAGAAAAGUUUGCUCGGAGAGCCAGCACACAGCUGGAGUCAGCAGAUGGAAAGAAGCUCUCCGUGUCCACCGAGCGCACCUUAUUCCGGAGCUCUCACAACAUGGACCGGGAGUCUCUGAGAAGGUGAAGGCUGCUGGUGUUAAAUGCUCACUGCAAGGCUUCCCACGACACAGCGACUGCUCAUAUAACUGCUGUUAGUUCAGUGACUGUGUGAACCAUUCGCAGACUGUUUACCAUGGCGUCUAGUCUGACAUGUACGGGUGUUAUCUGGGCCCUGCUGUCCCUGCUGUGUGCCGCUGCCUCCUGCGUUGGCUUCUUCAUGCCCUACUGGCUGCUGGGGACACAGAUGGACAAGCCAGUGUCCUUUGGCACGUUCCGCCGCUGCUCCUACCCGGUGAGGGACGAGGAGAAGCAGGCCACGGUGAUGCUGGAGCAGUGUGGGCGCUAUGCCUCCUUCAACGGCAUCCCGAGCCUGGAGUGGAGGAUCUGCACGAUUGUGACGGGCGUGGGAUGCGGCCUCCUCCUGCUGGUGGCACUCACAGCUCUCAUGGGCUGCUGCAUCUCUGACCUCAUCUCGCGUACCAUCGGUCGCGUGGCCGGCGGCCUCCAGUUUGUUGGAGGUCUGCUCAUAGGAUCUGGCUGUGCGCUCUAUCCAUUGGGAUGGGACAGUGAGGAAGUACAACAGACCUGCAACAACAGCUCAGACCAGUUUCAACUAGGUUCCUGCCAGAUCGGCUGGGCGUAUUACUGCACGGGGGCCGGGGCGGCAGCCGCCAUGCUGCUGUGCACCUGGCUGUCUUGCUUCGCGGGAAAGAAGCAGAAGCAGUACCCGUACUGAAGGGAGCGCCAGAGAGAUGGGGACAGGCGGAGACCUCAGGCGGUACCACGAAAGGGAGGGGACUCUGACUAUGUGUGCUCGCACCAGUACACAGCACAUCGGGCACCAAAGACGCCAAGUCGUUGGGGUGCUCUGGACAUCAUGGGACACAACUCAUCUGACAACUGCAGGGACUGUUUCAUAAUGCAACACACACACACAUGGCUUUGAAAGCUCGUUCUUCUCUUAAAAGCUGUUCUUAAAUGAAAAAUGUAUGGACCAAUCCUAUUUGUAAAAUUGUUACAUUUCUUUAACGAAGAGAGUAUUCUCUUUCUUUUUUUGUCCUCCUCCUCUUCAGCCAUUGAUGUUUAUGUGAUAGUGUGCCCUGUGACGAAGAGAAAAGUAAUAUUGCUUCAUUGUUACGUGAAGUGUUUUCUGUCUCCUCUUCAUGCCUCAUCCUUGCCUUAAACUCAAACUGAAAUGCAAUAAUCCCUAUAAUGUAAAGCAAUCCAACACUGGCUGCCUGCUUCCUCAACUCAACCUUUUCAGAUCCCAAAAAUCUAAAGCAUAGUUUAUUUAACACAUUCAUAAGAUAUAUACGUUGUGUAUGAUAAUGUAUUUUAUCAUAUUAGCACAUGUUUUGUAUUCACUCUUCAAAUUAUUCUUUGUCAUUAUUUUCGUUUUGUAAAUAAAUGUUUAUUGAAA